AUGAAUAACUUCGGCUAUCAAAAUAUUUAUUCUUGGUGGUCAACCAAGCAGUAUAAAAACAAGAAAAUUAAAAUUAAUCGUUCUGUCCAUCUGUGUGUCUGUUUGUCUUCCCAUCUAGCAAAUCUUACAGGCCAGAGAACCUGCAAUAGAUGUGCAUCCUCCACUACCACGACAACAUCUCUCACUGGAACCUGCACAUCUUACAAUGCUGAUUCGAGCACUGCCUGUACCGCAUGGGCUGCAAAUGGAUUCUGCACCAACACCUUCUACACUUUGACUCAGAGAAAGGCCUAUUGUGCCAGAACUUGCAGAAUUUGUUACGCAUUUGGUGGGCGACAAGACAAGCCGGUAGACGACCAUGACAGCCAAAAUAUUGCAUUUUAG